ACGGGUCUGCGCUCCCUGCACCCUCCUAGCACUCGAGUCCCCGCCCAGCCCACACCCCACUGGGCUACUUACCUGUGCCCUCCCAGUAACCCACCCAAGCUUCCCAGAGCAUCGUGCUCGCUCUCCCCUUCUCUCCCGCCAGCUCCUCGUUCCCCGAGAGUUCUGCCUUUCCAGUCCCUGCCCUCCCACCUAGCAGGCUUUCCCUCUUUACCCACACAAACUCCUUCCCCGAGGACCCUCUGGACCCCUCAUCCCCACCCCAGCUUCCUUGUGCACCAUGCCUAGGCGUGUCCUGGCUGUCCUUCUGCUGGCUGCGGCCGCCCUGCCCCUAGGUUGAAAGGAGCUGAGCAGAGAAGAUGGGCACAACAGUCCUUCAAGGUGGUUCCCUGAGCUGCUUCUCCUGCUCCAAGCCCACAGCCUUGUCUCUCUGUACUAAUGUAACCAACUGUUCAGCCACAGAGGGAUGGUGUAAAACUACACUGCUGUCUCUGCAAACAGGUUAUCCCUUCAUGGAGGAGAAGACGGUUCAGCGAGAGUGUGUGGCCUCCUGUGUCCCCACAGAUCCUGAUGCCAUUGGAGAAUAUCAGCCCAUACUCUGUUGCAACACUGACCGCUGUGUUGGCAAUGGUGCCCCUGUGCCCCAAGGGUCUGGUCUUAUCCUGACUGGAUUCCUGUCUGUCCUGCUCAGUGCUGGCUGAUGAGGGUAGAGGAGGUCAGGGUCAGACUGCUACUCACUUUAAAUAAUCCCUGUCCAUCCCUGAAAGCCUGAACCUAGGGAUUUAUACCAGCUGCCAGAGAUGAAGGCACUAGAUCAUGGUGGGGGGAGGGAAGGAAGGGAUGGAAGAAAAAGAUCUGGCCAUUUCCUGGAUGCUCCGGAUUGCUCUGCCAGGAAAUCAUGGCCCUUUUCCUCAAAGGGAGCCUAGUCAAGAAGCAGCCAAUCUGAGGGGAAGACAAGGUUUUUUGUCCUGGGGGAACCUCUGGUCUGAGAGAGAAACAUUGCUUGUGUUGUCAGGAAAGAAUGCUAGAGAGAAAGGAAAUCAAUGAGAAACCUGACACCCGAAACUACUGCAUUUUCACAAAUAUGUUUGAAUUUCAUACCUUUUACAUUUGUCACCAGGGAGAAAAACAAGGCCAACCCUAUCAUAUAGAAAUAUCUGGAAUUCUGAAACCAAGGUGGCUCACAAUAAUCCUAGUUAGCCUUUGAAAUCUGAGAGCAAACAGAAGCCCAAUUCAAUGAGCUUGCUAGUUAUUCUUUCUGGUUCAUGACAUUGGCCAUGGCUAGGGAUUGCAAGCAUCUCCAGGACAGGGAAAAUGCUUUUCUUUUCUGCUUCACACCCAACAGAGGAUCCAAGAGCUGAGAAAUUAAGCAGGUGGGAACUGAAGAUUAAUUAAUCAGGGGCUUGCAUAGAAAUCUGAAUAUAGGAGCCUAGGAAAAGUAUUAAAACUCUUUUCACACACAAUCCACUCUUGUUUGUUAGGGUUUCUUUUAAGAUUAGUCAAAACAUAAUGACCUCUUUGAACUCAGACUUAGUGAUUUGAGUGGCCUAGAUAGAGAAGCCUGCCUGCCCCCAGUCCCCACCCUAGAGCUUCUCCCCCAGCCACAGUGCCUGAGAUCCGCCAUCAGUGCAUUUUUACUUUGAACCCAUGAUCUGUUAGAAAGAGCACUUAGAUAGCAAAUGGAAUAGCCAAGCUCCCAUGACUGGUAACUGACAGAACCAAGAUUCAGAACAUAGGAACACAAGCUCUUGAAGGCACAGACUCUUGCUUUUGUCUUUUUUUCCCCAGCAUCUGAAAAAUAGUAGGCAAUCAAUAAAUACCGAUUGAAUUGAACUGAA